AUGGCAUCCCCGGCCGACAUCGAAGCUAACAAUGCUACCGCCAAUGGCGAUCUCAAGGUCACCAACGUUAAUGGUCCCCCGAGCGAGAAAAAGCCGGGAACCGCGACCUCGCUCUGGUCGCAGUCCGUCUCAGCCAGAUAUGCUGACCUCCUCUGUCUCAUCCUCUGCUUCAUCACCGGGCUCUGCGACUCCGCUGCCUACAAUGCCUGGUCUUGUUUCCUGGCCAUGCAAACCGGAAACACAAUCUUCCUCGGCCUAGGCGCCUCAAACCUCCCAUCCGGCAAACCAUGGGGCUGGCUCAAAUCGCUCGUCUCCAUCGUCGCCUUCUUCAUCGGCGCGCUGCUCUUCUCGCUCUACGGCCGCAGCAUCGGCCCCAAGAAGCGCGUUACCCUGUUCUCCUCAUUCCUCUUCCAGGGAAUCCUGGUCAUCAUCGCAGUCGCGCUGAUAGAGGGGGACCUGAUCCCGCACACGCAGGCCGAGGCUGCGUCUCUAACGGGUGGAAAGCUGUUCCUGGAACUCAUCCCCAUUGCGCUGCUGGCGUUCCAGUCUGCCGGGUCGAUGACUGCGGCGCGUGGGCUUGGGUUUAAUGAGAUUCCGACGGUGGUGCUGACGAGUGUUUACUUUGAUGUUGCGAGUGAUCCGAAGAUUGUCCGGGAUGUUCGGGGCAAUGUUAAGCGGAACCGGCGCGUGGGGAGUGUGGCUUCUUUGCUGGUUGGGGCGAUUGUGGGUGGUUGGUUGAGUAGGAGUCGUGGGGGGAUGGAGAGUGCGUUGUGGCUUAGUGCGGGCUUGAAGGUGAUUAUCUCUUUUGGAUGGCUGGUGUGGUUUUCUGAGUGA